AUGAAUCUUGACAGACUUCGCAAGCGAGUGCGGCAGUACAUUGACCAGCAACAGUACCAAAGUGCGCUGUUUUGGGCUGACAAGAUCGCAUCUCUUUCCCAUGAAGAUCCACAGGACAUCUACUGGCUUGCACAGUGCCUUUACUUGACAUCGCAAUAUCACAGAGCCUCGCACGCGCUCCGUUCCAGGAAACUUGAUAAGAUGUAUGGAGCUUGUCAAUAUCUUGCCGCACGGUGCCACUAUGCAGCAAAAGAGUUCCAGCAGGCCUUGGAUAUUUUAUCAGAGGAGGCAGGUUGUAAGAAGCUACUGGAAAGAAGCGUGAAGGAGGAGGCCGGGACACCUGAGGCAAACAAGGAUUGGGACAUGUCUGCUGCAUCCAUUAGGAGCUCCAUUUGCCUCCUGCGUGGGAAGAUCUACGACGCCAUGGACAACCGCCCACUGGCCACCUCCAGCUAUAAAGAGGCCUUAAAACUGGAUGUCUACUGCUUUGAAGCCUUCGAGCUUCUAACGUCCCACCACAUGCUAACUGCUGAGGAAGAGAAAGAAUUCCUCGACUCGCUGCCGCUGAGUCAGCAAUGCACAGAGGAAGAGGAGGAGCUGCUUCAUUUCCUAUUUGAGAAUAAGUUAAAGAAGUACAAUAAACCCAGUGACCUGGUGGUGCCCGAUAUGGUCAACGACCUGCAAGACAACUUGGACGUGGUGGUGUCCCUAGCUGAGAGGCAUUAUUACAACUGUGACUUCAAGAUGUGUUACAAGCUGACGUCCACAGUGAUGGUUAAAGACCCCUUCCAUGCUAACUGCUUACCGGUGCACAUAGGAACUCUCGUCGAGUUGGGAAAAUCAAAUGAGCUGUUUUAUCUAUCACACAAACUUGUGGACUUGUAUCCCAACAACCCAGUAUCCUGGUUCGCUGUCGGCUGCUACUAUCUCAUGGUUGGCCAUAAAAAUGAAAACGCACGUCGCUAUCUCAGCAAAGCCACCACUCUGGAAAGGACGUAUGGUCCCGCAUGGAUCGCUUACGGUCAUUCCUUCGCCAUGGAGAGUGAGCAUGACCAGGCUAUGGCUGCUUACUUCACAGCCGCACAGCUGAUGAAAGGGUGUCAUUUACCAAUGCUGUACAUUGGCCUGGAGUACGGCCUGACAAACAACUCAAAGCUGGCCGAGCGCUUUUUCAGCCAAGCGCUUAGCAUCGCUCCAGAGGAUCCCUUUGUCAUUCACGAGGUGGCAGUGGUUGCCUUUCAGAAUGCAGACUGGAAGAUGGCUGAGAGGUAUUUCCUUGACGCCAUGGAGAAGAUCAAAGCUAUCGGAAAUGAGGUGACUGUAGACAAAUGGGAGCCUUUACUAAACAACCUGGGUCACGUGUGUCGCAAACUCAAAAAAUAUGACCAAGCUUUGGAGUACCACCGACAGGCGCUAGUGCUGAUUCCCCAGCACGCCUCCACUUACGCUGCAAUAGGAUAUGUACACAGCCUGAUGGGUGACUUUGAGAGCGCUAUCGACUACUUCCACACGGCACUUGGGCUGAAACGAGACGACACGUUUUCCGUGACCAUGCUCGGCCACUGCAUCGAUAUGUACAUUGGUGAAACGGACGCCUACGAAGGCACAGACAUCAGCGACAAGGUGCGAGGCAGUACCAACACGCAGACGCUGAUGAAGACGCUCAACGCUACGGAGUCCUCCGAAUCGCAGGCCUCGCCGCGACUGGAGGACGCCAGCGCCAUGACGGUGGAGACGCCGCUGUCCGGCCAGGACAAGAUGGUGCUGGACAUGCCCCUGCGGCUCUCCCUGACGCUGGAGUGCGACAUGUACGAAAGCGACGUCAUGUUGGACACCCUAUCGGACACCAGCACGUGA